GCUGCGGGGAAAAGGCUUCAAAAAUAAACACCGCCGUUCAUGCGACUUUAGUGCCAUAGCUUUUAAUUUUAAACGUUUUUAAGUCGAUAGUUUUAAGAAUGUUUAUCACGGACAUAAGGAAGGACUUUUAUGAAGUUGUCGCCAACCAGAGAGUGGCUCUGUUGGUGGCCUCAGACAUCGACGCCCUCUGUGCCUGUAAGAUACUGCAGGCUCUGUUUCACUGUGACCAGGUCCAGUACACACUUGUGCCAGUUAAAGGCUGGCAGGACCUCGGUACUGCCUUCCUUGAACACAAGGAGCAGUUUAAGUACUUUGUCCUCAUCAACUGUGGGGCAAAUGUUGACCUUCUCGAGAUGCUUCAGCCAGAUGACGACGCCAUCUUCUUCAUCUGUGACACUCACCGGCCUGUAGAUGUUAUUAAUGUCUACAAUGACACCCAGAUAAAGCUGCUAAUUAAACAGGAUGAUGACCUUGGUGUGCCCUCAUAUGAUGAUAUCUUUAGAGAUGAAGAAGAGGAGGGAGAUGACUCUGGAAAUGAAAGUGAUGAAGGCACAGAGCCUUCUGGGAAACGCAGGAGAUAUGAUGAAGGCGCAGUGGAGCGGAGGAUUGAAAGACAGAGAGCGAAGAGGGAGUGGGAGGCUCGAAGGAGGGAAAUCUUGUUUGACUAUGAGCAGUAUGAAUAUCAUGGGACCUCUGCUGCCAUGAUGUUUUUCGAGCUGGCAUGGGUGUUGACUAAAGACACCAAAGACAUGCUUUGGUGGGCGGUCAUUGGCCUGACAGACCAGUCGGUUCAUGAUAAAAUCACACAUAUGAAGUAUAUAACAGACAUCGCCACAAUGCAGCGUCACGUUUCCCGCCACAACCACCGAAAUGAGGAUGAGGAGAACUCCCUCUCCAUCGACUGCAUGAGGAUUUCCUUUGAAUACGACCUCCGUCUAACCCUCUACCAGCACUGGUCCCUGUAUGAGAGUAUCUGUAAUUCAUGUUAUACAUCAUGCAACUUCAAGCUUUGGACAUUAAAUGGCCAAAAGAAACUCCAGGAGUUCCUAGCUGACAUGGGACUGCCUCUAAAGCAAGUAAAACAGAAAUUUAACUCCAUGGACAUGUCAAUCAAAGAGAACCUCAGGGACGUCAUUGAGGAGUCGUCAAAUAAAUACGGUAUGAAGGACAUCCGCAUCCAGACAUUCGGUGUUCACUUUGGCUUUAAGAAUCGCUUCCUGGCCAGUGACAUGGUCCAUUCUACCGCUGCCUUGCUGGAGAGCACUGAGAAAGACGAGAGUGAUGGGGACAACUUCAUCAAGGCUCUGGACUCUCUUUCCAGGAGUAACCUCGAUCGUCUGAAUUCAGGCAUUGACCUGGCGAAAAAGAAGCUGAUGGCGAUCCAGCAAACUGUAGCCAGCUGCAUCUGUACUAACCUCAUCCUGUCUCAGGGACCCUUCCUCUACUGCUACCUCAUGGAGGGAACACCUGAUGUGAAGGUCUUUUCUAAGCCCGUGGCCUUGACUCUGCUCUGCAAAUACCUCCUGAAGGCCUUUGUCCAUUCUACGAGGAACAAGCGCUGCAAACUGCUUCCUCUUAUCAUGGCUGCUCCAAAGGAUGUGGAGAAAGGAACUGUCAUUAUUGUGGGAAUCCCACCUGAGUCUGAAACAUCUGACAAAAAGAAUUUCUUUGGUCGAGCGUUUGAAAAAGCUGCAGAGAGCACGAGCUCCAGAACUCUUCAUGACCACUUUGAUUCUUCAAUCAUUGAGCUGAAGAUGGAGGACAGGAGCAAGUUUCUGGACGCACUCAUCACUCUGCUGUCAUGAGAACAAAUCAGUUUAGAGGUUGAGUUCUUGGUUUGUCUCUGGAACAGUGUAAGUGCUUCUGUAGUCCACACUUCUCGUCAAACAUGACCAAAACUAGUCAGUCCCAACAGACACCAGCACCAGAGUUUUAAUCGUUUUUAUUUGUAUAUUAUUGUACAGUCUUUUUGUAAAUGUAUGGAAGUCUUAUCUUUUAGUUUUUCUUUAGAUCUGUCUUUUAUUUCUGUCCAUGUUUGUGAGUGUUUCAUCACAUUUUAAUGUUUUUUUAACAUGUUUAAAUAAAUUUAAAUAUUUGACAUCA